CGUCGAGCCUGAACAGACCAAGAUGGCCUCGUCCAUGGGUGGAAUGUUUCCAGGCCAGCAGCCGCCGGGUCCUCAUCCUGUUGGGGGUCCAAGUGGACCGGGCCAACCCGGUUUCCCCGGCAGUGCUCCUAGAGCCCCGGGAAACAACACGCUGGUGGAUGAACUGGAGGCUUCCUUUGAGGCGUGUUUUGCCUCCUUGGUAAGCCAAGAUUAUGUGAAUGGAACAGAUCAGGAGGAGAUCCGAACAGGUGUGGAUCAGUGCAUUCAGAAAUUUCUGGAUGUGGCUCGGCAGACAGAGUGCUUCUUCCUACAAAAAAGGCUCCAGCUGUCGGUGCAGAAACCAGAGCAGGUUGUGAAAGAGGAUGUGUCAGAGUUGCGUAAUGAGCUCCAAAGGAAGGAAUUGCUGGUUCAGAAGCACUUGACCAAGCUGCACCACUGGCAGCAAGUGCUGGAGGACGUGAGCGUUCAACAUCGCAAGCCCAGCGACCUCCCUCCUCCCGGGCCGCUGGCCUUUCUAGAGCAGGCCUCUGCCAGUCUGCCCCCUGCGCCUCUGAAGCCCAACUAAUGACUCAGUGGUCAUGGUCAUGUCAGCAGACCUCAACGUACAGAGCUUGACAGCUGUGAGGAGUUAGUACUGGAAUAAUGGAGUAGCACAUCAUGCUCGUGAACAUAUGUGAAGUUCAAGAUUUAGACGACGCCUGAACUGGGAGUGUGUCGCUAAAACAUUGAACGCUCGAUCGGACUCAAGUCAUGGCUUCAUUGGAAGUGAAACACUUUACACGCGCCUGCCAAAUACCUGUUACAAAACUGAGAAAAUGUUUCCUGCCGCUACCACGAUAUGGGGAAAAUGCCAUUUGUUUUUUUGUUCCAGGAUUUGGAUUUAUGUACAUAUUUCUACUGGGUUUUUGUGGUUUAUUUUUUAAUUAAAAAAAUAAUAGUGUGUA